GUUAUUCUGUAUGCAGUUAACACCCGCUGCUUAAACCAGAGAGAAAUCUACCAGUUCAAAGGGGACAAGUUAAUGACCUCUUUCAGAGGUAACAAGAGCUUCUGCAGGAGACCGGAAUUGCAGAGACAAACAAGAGCUCUUUUUUCAGAAGAGUCUGGAAGCGUUGAAUCAAACUGGAGUCUCAAUUCACCAAGGAACAGUGGAAUAUUUCACCACCGCAGCUCCGUGUUUAGAGUCCUAUGUGGUUCCUAACACCCUGUUUGUUGAGAAAGGAUCUGCUACACAGUCACUGUCUCCACCUGGGAGCUUGGACUGCGUAUACGGAGAGUAAUAAAUAGCCUAUGUAAAACAAGAUAUGGCAAAUAGCUCUGUCGAAACUUAUGUGCAGCUGUUCCAGAUAAUCGUCUACAUUCCCACAUUUGUCCUGGGAUUGCUGUUCAAUAUGAUGGCUUUGUGGUUUGUCUUUUGUAAGAUCAGGAAGCUGACAGAAUCAACAAUCUACCUGGUGUCACUUAUUACUCUGGAUACCUUGCUGCUGUUUACCCUCCCUUUUAAAAUAAUUUCCUUUGGCUCCCAGGGCGAGUGGAACUUGGGAUCUGCAUUCUGUUCAUUCCUGGAAAGCCUUUACUUUGUGAACAUGUAUGGGAGUAUUCUCAUCUCCAUGUGUAUAUGUGUGGACAGAUAUAUUACCAUCCGACAUCCAUUCUUAGCCGUUUCCCUGAGAUCCACCAAGAAAGCUGCUAUGGUCUGUUCCAUUGUCUGCUUGGGUGUCUGGGCUGGAACUUCCUUUACUUACCAAUUCCAUGAUAGCGCACACACUACGUGCUUCCAUGGCUUCUCUGAUAAAAUAUGGGAAAACCCAGGUGUGCUUGUCACCUUGGAGACUGUGUUUCUUGGCAGCGUGACAGCAAUGAUCUUCUGCACAGCUCAGAUCAUCAUAUGCUUGAAACGGAGCAGAAAGCCAGAUGAUCCCCUUACUGACACAAGUAAAUCAGUGAAGAUAGUCAUAGCAAACCUCGUCACAUUUGUUGUCUGUUUCACCCCUUUCCAUGUGGCAUUCCUCUUGUAUUAUUUGGUUAAAACAGAUGUCAUCAUGAGCAAUCAUCAGCCAAUAAUACGCUCUUUUGUUCAGAUCAGCCUCUGCUGGGCUAACCUCAACUGCUGCCUGGAUGCAAUUUGCUAUUAUUUUGUCCUUAAGGAGUUUUUGAAAUCCCCACCUCAGGAGACUCAGAAAACAACCAACAGUAGUUAAUCAAAGUGCUGUAAGUCUCACCUAUUCUUGGAGCAGAAGGGGAAAGCUUUUGAAAACUGACCACUUCUAGCUAAUUUUAAAGAUUGUUUUCAUCUAAUGCUCACUGAACUCUCUCUUAAGCCACCAUCCAAAGGACCAGCAAAAUUCAAUUGCCAAAUGAAAGUAGUUCUAACAGUCAAACAUAACUACUUGAACACCAAAUGGUUACCGGAAAGUGUUGCCUACUGAAGAGCUACUUCAAUAGGAACUGUGCAGGCUCAGUUAAUGUAGGUGCCUAAUUGUAGACAUUCAAGGUGGAAUUUAUUUGAAAAUAUAUAUACAGUGAAACCUGAACUAAGAACCACCUCCUUAAUUGUUCUUUUUGCAUCUUGUUUUGUCUUAAGGUUUGUAAAAAAUAAGAAUUGAACUAUUUCCUAUAAAUGGUGACACAAAUCCCAAUCA